GGUAUUAAUAGCGCGGAGCCGCCGCGCCCUCGCCAGCCGGGGGCCCGGGAGCCGCGGAGCCCGGAGCCCGGGACUGGAAGCCGCCGGCGCCGCCGAGAUUUUAUAUAAGCUACUUUCAUCAUGGGAGAAAUAGAGCAGAAGCCUACUCCCGGAUCACGGCUGGGGGCCCCUGAGAAUUCGGGGAUCAGCACCUUGGAACGUGGACAGAAGCCACCCCCAACACCGUCAGGGAAGCUCAUGUCCAUCAAAAUCCAGAUGCUGGAUGACACCCAGGAGGCAUUUGAAGUUCCGCAAAGGGCUCCGGGGAAGGUGCUGCUGGAUGCCGUGUGCAGCCACCUCAACCUUGUGGAAGGCGACUAUUUCGGCCUCGAGUUUCCUGAUCACAAGAAAAUCACGGUGUGGCUGGAUCUCCUGAAACCUAUUGUGAAACAGAUUCGAAGGCCAAAGCAUGUUGUUGUCAAGUUUGUGGUGAAAUUCUUUCCACCUGACCACACACAACUCCAAGAAGAGCUCACAAGGUACCUGUUUGCUCUGCAGGUGAAGCAGGACUUGGCUCAGGGCAGGCUGACGUGUAACGACACCAGUGCUGCUCUCCUGAUCUCACACAUUGUGCAGUCUGAGAUUGGAGACUUUGAUGAAGCUUUGGACAGAGAGCACUUAGCAAAAAAUAAGUACAUACCUCAGCAAGAUGCAUUAGAAGACAAGAUUGUGGAAUUUCACCAUAACCACAUUGGACAGACACCCGCAGAGUCAGAUUUCCAGCUCCUAGAGGUGGCCCGGCGGCUGGAGAUGUAUGGAAUCCGCUUACACCCUGCCCAGGACAGGGAAGGCACCAAGAUCAACCUGGCUGUCGCCAACACAGGGAUUCUAGUAUUUCAGGGUUUCACUAAGAUCAAUGCCUUCAACUGGGCCAAGGUACGGAAGCUGAGCUUCAAGAGGAAGCGCUUUCUCAUCAAGCUCCGCCCUGAUGCAAAUAGCUCAUACCAGGAUACCUUGGAAUUCCUAAUGGCCAGCCGGGAUUUCUGCAAGUCCUUCUGGAAAAUCUGUGUGGAGCAUCAUGCUUUCUUUAGACUUUUUGAAGAACCCAAACCAAAGCCAAAGCCUGUCCUCUUCAGCAGAGGCUCUUCAUUUCGGUUCAGUGGUCGGACUCAGAAGCAAGUCCUCGAUUAUGUUAAAGAAGGAGGGCACAAGAAAGUGCAGUUCGAAAGAAAACACAGCAAGAUUCAUUCCAUCAGGAGCCUGAGUACGCAGCCCACAGCACUGAAUUCAGAAGUGCCAAAACAGUCUCCACAGAACACCAGCCUUGCUUGUGGAGAUGGUGCCGAAUCGCCCAGUGCCCAGAGCUACCAGCGAACAAAGGAACUGAAAGCGUCUGUGGAAGAGCCGGGGCUGCAGCAGAGCCCUGCUGGGAGCAAGCUAGCCGACGGGGCCGCCACAGGGCCGCUGGAGGAAGAAGAAGAGGAGGAGGGCGGCCAGGACGGCCUGCAGCCGAGCAAGCCUGCGCCCCCGCAGCCGAGCACAGGCUCCGUGACAGGUAGCCCCCACCUUUCAGAGCUGUCCGUCAACUCUCAGGGAGGAGCUGUCCCCGCCAACGCCAGCUUGUCUCCAAACCUGAGCCCUGACACCAAGCAGGCCUCUCCCUUGAUCAGCCCGCUGCUGAACGACCAGGCCUGCCCCAGAACCGAUGAUGAAGAAGAGGGCCGGAGAAAGCGAUUUCCAACCGACAAGGCGUACUUCAUUGCUAAAGAAGUUUCCACCACUGAGCGCACGUAUCUGAAGGAUCUGGAAGUCCUCACUUUGUGGUUCCAGAGUGCCGCAAGCAAAGAUGACGCCAUGCCCGACACACUGAAAAGUCUCAUCUUCCCAAACUUCGAGCCUUUGCACAAAUUUCAUACCAAUUUCCUCAAGGAAAUCGAACAGCGACUUGCGCUGUGGGAAGGCCGCUCUAAUGCUCACAUCAGAGGAGAUCACCAAAGAAUCGGGGACAUCAUGCUGAAGAAUAUCCAGGGUAUGAAGCACCUGUCGGCUCACCUGUGGAAGCACAGCGAGGCGUUGGAGGCGCUGGAGACGUCAAUCAAGAGCUCGCGGCGGCUGGAGCACUUCUGCCGAGACUUUGAGAUGCAGAAGGUGUGCUACCUGCCGCUCAACACCUUCCUCCUGCGCCCGCUGCACCGGCUCAUGCACUACAAGCAGGUGCUGGAGCGGCUGUGCAAGCACCACCCGCCCAGCCAUGCCGACUUCAGGGACUGCCGGGCCGCGCUGGCAGAGAUCACGGAGAUGGUAGCCCAGCUGCACAGUACCAUGAUCAAGAUGGAGAAUUUCCAGAAACUGCACGAGCUCAAGAAAGACUUGAUUGGCAUCGACAAUCUUGUGAUUCCAGGAAGGGAGUUCAUCCGCCUGGGCAGCCUCAGCAAGCUCUCGGGGAAGGGACUCCAGCAGCGCAUGUUUUUCUUGUUCAAUGACGUGCUGCUGUACACCAGCCGGGGCCUGACGACCUCCAAUCAGUUUAAAGUCCACGGGCAGCUCCCCCUCUACGGCAUGACGGUGGAGGAGAGCGAGGAUGAGUGGGGCGUGCCCCACUGCCUGACCCUCCGCGGCCAGCGCCAGUCCAUCAUCGUGGCCGCCAGUUCCCGGGCCGAGAUGGAGAAGUGGGUGGAGGACAUCCGGAUGGCCAUCGACCUGGCGGAGAAAAGCAGCGGCCCCUCGGCCGACUUCCUCGCCAGCAGCCCUCCCGACAGCAAGUCCCCGGAGGAAGCCCCCGUGGCCGACCAAGAGUCGGAGGAUGACCUGAGCGCCUCUCGGACCUCGCUGGAGCGCCAGGCCCCGCACCGCGGGAACACCAUGGUGCACGUGUGCUGGCACCGUAACACCAGCGUCUCCAUGGUGGACUUCAGCAUCGCCGUGGAGAACCAGCUGUCCGGGAACCUGUUGAGGAAAUUCAAGAACAGCAAUGGCUGGCAGAAGCUGUGGGUGGUGUUCACAAACUUCUGCCUGUUCUUCUACAAAUCACACCAGGACAAUCACCCCCUGGCCAGCCUGCCUCUGCUGGGGUACUCCCUCACCAUUCCCUCUGAGUCCGAGAACAUCCACAAGGACUACGUAUUCAAGCUGCAUUUCAAGUCCCACGUGUACUACUUCCGGGCUGAAAGUGAAUACACGUUUGACCGGUGGAUGGAAGUGAUCCGAAGCGCUACCAGCUCAGCCUCCAAGGCCCACAUCUUGAGUCACAAAGAGUCUCACGUGUACUGACUGCACGCGGCUGGCCGACGCAGCUGUGGCGGUUGCCCCGGAAGGCAGUGAAGCCUAGCGAAUAUUCCACAGCUGUCUGAACCAAAGGUGGUUCUACAGCAAGUCUGCCCUUUUCCCUCCCUCCCUCCCUCCGCAGAUGUCUUCUCCGCUGUUAAUCUCUCAUUGGAACGGCAGCCUCCCUCCGCCAGGCCGGGGACUUGGUCAGUCGCCGCCACCGGGGGCUCUUUUCAGCUUGUGCCAGUAUUGAAUUGAAUCAUUAAGAGUGCCAAAUGCCAUCUCCCCUCCCCACCCCCACCCCGUGCAGCCUGAACGCAGCGCGUCUGUUCAAGCAAGACACAGCCCGUGCUCUUCUUUUUCUUAGAAAAGGACUUUUUAUUACUUUUCACCUGUAGGCUGCUGUUUUUAAAAACAAAACAAAAAAAAAAAAAAGGAUUUUUUUCCCAGUGUUGGCGAUGCACAUGGCACAGUCUUAAAGCUAAUGAGAUCAUUUUCAGAUUUCGGGUCCCCCCCCCCAAUCUUUCUACUUUUAUAAUACUAGGACGUUUGUACGACUCACUUUGCUUGACAACGGUCUGCGGUGUGCUCCGUUUUGCCCAGGGGGGCUCGGGUCCAAGGGGGGGGGUGGGGGGCAAGCAGACCUUGGUGGAAAUUGACCAAAUUGUUUGUGAUUGCUAUUGACAAACUGUAGCGGGGUUGUUUUUCUGUGAAGAGAAGCAGAAAUCCAGUGCAAUACCUGGACUGUCGCUGUACUGUGCGUGGUAUAUACAGUGAGGACGUGAUAGGCCGUGGUGUUUUGCUGUCUGUGUCACUAGCAUGAGAACCUGUAUGUCACUGACUGGGGCCAUUGGUGGGGUUCCGCCAGGGGGCGGUGUGAGCACUGUGGAUGUGGGAGCCUGCUGGGUAAUGGUACAGUACACGGUCCCGGGCCCUCGGCUGGACCCUCCCCCUCCACCAUGGUUUGAACCUGCACAUUCUCUAGUAGUUAUCUCUUGUGCCUGUCUUCAAAAUAAGUCUUUGUUUUUACACACAUCUUCUCCCCCCACCACCACCCCAGGCAUGGCGGAUGGACAGGGUGACAGGAUGCAUCCUGGACAGACUCCACCAGGAACCUAGUUGCCAACAACCACUUGGGCCUGAGUGGGAAAACAUUCGCCUGUUCCCUGCGGUGACUGGGUUUGCCGCCAUUCCCUUCAUGUUCUUGAGCCUUUCUAACUACCCCCCCUCAACCAGGGAAGCCAUGGGCACCCCCCACCCAUGUCGUGGAGCCGGGGACCGACCGGUGUCCAUGCCUGACAGAUGGAUAAAGAGCUCGAGAUAUGUUAAUCAUUUGCCUUACAAUAUGUACCAGAUGGUUUUAAAUACUAACAAAAGGGAAUAAAAAUACCUCACGCCACAAUCCAGCAUAUUGACAUUUUAAGGCAAAACAA